GCCAACGGAGUUUAUCAUUGCACAUGCGUGGAGCACAACCCCGAUGGUACUGACUUUUCGUAGCUUGUUUACGUAGUUUUACAUUUGCUUUUGAUGGAUAUAUUAAAAGCGGAAAUCGUACGCAAAAGGAAGUUGUUGGAAGAAAAAGCUUUAGUGACACCAAGUAAAAAGUACUUCAAGCGAGGAGAUUUAAUUAAGCAGCAGGAGGAAGAAUAUUGGCAACGCCAUUGUCCACAAAAAGAUGAAAACGAGAAUACUGAGAAUGAAAGGAAAAGAGCUGAAGAAGAAUCUCAAAAAUCAAAAGAUUCUGAAGGUACAUUACCAAGAAAAGAAGUGAUCCGAAGGCUAAGAGAAAGGCAAGAGCCAAUUCUUUUAUUUGGUGAAACUGAGUUGGAGGCAUUUCAGAGGUUGAGAAGACUUGAAAUUUUAGAACCUGAAGUGGAUCGAGGAUUUAGAAAUGAUUUUCAGGAGGCUAUGGAGAAAGUUGAUCAGGCUUACUUGGAUGAAAUUUUAAAAACACAGGGGACUACAGAAGAUGGAAAAUCUGUAAAUGAUGUUAAAGUUGAAGAUGAAGGAACUUCAAUUGAAGAAAUUAAAGAAGAAGCAAGUGCAAAGCUAGGAAAAGGAUCAGAUAGUGAUGAUGCAAAAGUUAUUUUAAAAUUUUUGAGAUUUUUGCUGCAGCUAUGGGGCCAAAAGCUAAAUUCUCGACCUGAAGUUGAGAAAACAUCAAUGAAAGGAAAACUGGCUUCUGCCACCUAUACACAAACUCAAGAUUAUAUCCGACCUUUAUUUCGCAGGCUUAAAAAAGAAAAUUGUCCUGAAGAUAUUUUGGAGCAUUUGGUUCUUAUUGUUAACUAUAUGCUGGACAGGAAUUAUGUAAAAGCAAAUGAUGCUUACCUACAGAUGGCUAUUGGAAAUGCUCCAUGGCCCAUUGGAGUGACCAUGGUGGGCAUCCAUGCUAGGACUGGCAGAGAAAAAAUCUUCUCAAAAAAUAUUGCUCAUGUUUUGAAUGAUGAGACACAAAGGAAAUUUAUUCAGGCUCUCAAGCGACUCAUGACUCAGUGUCAAAGAUUUUUCCCAACUGAUCCAUCUAGGUCUGUGGAAUAUAAUGCAUGAUAUCUCUAUCUAUUGUAUAUAUGAAUAUGUUACCUAAUUUGCAAUAAAAUAAUUUAUUUAUUCUUGAAAUGUGUAAAUAAAAUAUGUUUUUAGCUUGUA